UUUGCACCAUUCCUUAAUGCCACUGUUUUUCAGCUCAUGACAUGGUUUUACAACUCGUCGAUCUCGAAAUCACUGCAAGAUCUCAAUCGUUUAGUCAACGAUGUCAUUUUAGCGGACAAUUUCUGCCGAGAGGAUUUGCUAGAUUUUAAUGCAUCUAGGGAGGCAUCACAUCUUGAGAAGGCCCAACAUGACCCUGCGUCCUCAAUAUUCUCCUCCGAUGAAUGGCACGAGACCUCAGUGAAGAUCCAACUUCCGUGCGAAAAAGAGAAGUUCUCUUCUGAAGAUUGUGCGCCUGAAUUUGGAGUUAAUGGGCUUUAUUACCGCAAGCCAUUGGAAGUGCUCAAAUCUGCAUACCAGGAGGUUGCAGCGAAGACAUUUCACACAAAGCCAUACAAACUAUUCUGGCAGCCUGACGACGACAAACCUCCAGAGAGAAUCAUUACUGAGCUGUAUAUGUCUGACACCAUGCUUCAAGAGCAUGAGAAACUCAACUCGCAGCCAAAUUAG